UGUGACCAGGUGAAACUAAUUAUAUAAGUAGCAUGUUUAGGGUGGUGGUGGCUAUAGUAUUUGGGCAAAGUGUAGAUUUUAUGUUAGUAGUGGGGCCUCCUUUUGGUAAUCUUCUUUUGAGAUAUGUCAUGGGCAAUGAAGGGGCUCCAUCUAAUUUUCAUUGCUUUGGUUCUUUGGAGAGAUACAAGUGGAUUCGGAGUGUGGAAUACAACCUCUGUUGUUGAUUGGCAAGCUGGACGUUCUAAUGCAACAUGGAACCAAAAUUUUCACUUCGCUACGCCUGUUCAAGCUUUGGAGCUACUGUCCAGAAAAAGUGCAAAUGGAAAUGUUGACGGAGGAAAUUCUAGUAGUUUCAGUUAUACUUCAGAAGUCCAAACUGCUCAACAGGAUUCUAGUUUUGUUCAGUCUUCUGGUGGUGCUGCUCAAGGUAAACCUGUACUAAAUGCUCAAGGUCAAGCAACUCCCAUGGUUCAACCGCAGGACAACUUGAUGAUGACUCAGUCCUCAAGGCUCUAUUGGUUUGAAUCUCUCAAGCCUGAAAACUGUGGCACUUUGCUCUCUCAAUCUUGGCCUCAAAAAGGUCAGAAUAACGGUGGAUUCCAAAGACCUUCCAGGUUCCAGUUUGGAGGCACUGCAAACCAGACAUCUGGAUCCCAGACCCAGUCGUCAUACCAGCCUAGCACCACAACACAGGUUCAGACAGGCGAGUCUAUUGCCCAGCCUGAGUCUUUCGGAGCUUCAGCUUCAUAUCCAAGUCAAACCUCUGGCAUGUACUCUGUUGUACAGGGUCCUCUGAUUGCAUCCUCUUCCCAAAUGCCUGGGUUCCACAUCCAGUCAUCAUACCAGCCUGGCACCACAACACAGGUUCAGACAGGCCAGUCUGCGUCUACAUCUCAGGCUCAGUCCUCUGGUGCGUCAACGUUGUAUCAAGGGAUUAGCUCUGGCAGGUAUCUGACUUCACUGGGUCAUAUAAUUCCAUCCUCCUCCCAGUCUGUGGUCACUACAAACCAGACAUCUGGAUCCCAGACCCAGUCAUCAUACCAGCCUGGCACCACAACACUGCUUCAGACAGGCCAGUCUGCUUCUACAUCUCAGGCUCUUGGCAGCCAUGGAGCUGCACCUUCAGGACAUGCUAAAUGGUACACCAUUGUACAAGGUCAGACAAUUCCAUCUUCUCAAGCGUCUGGAUCCCAGACCCAGUCAUCAUACCAGCCUAGCACUACAACGCUCCUUCAGACAGGCCAGCCUGUUCUUCCUCAGAGUCAGCCUUCGGGAGCUUCUGCUUCAUAUCCAAGUCAAACCUCUGUCGUGUACAAUAUUGCACAGCGUCCAUUGACUGCAACCCUUUCCGAAAUACCUGGGUUCCACAUCCAGUCAUCAUACCAGCCUGGCACUACAACACUGCUUCAGACAGGCCAGUCUGCGUCUACAUCUCAGGCUCAGUCCUCUGGUGCAUCAACAUUGUAUCAAGGAAUUAGGAGGAAUGUGACUUCUCUGGGUCAUGGCUUUCCAUACUCAACCCAGUCUGUGGUGACUGCAAACCAGACAUCUGGAUCCCACAUCCAGUCAUCAUACCAGCCUGGCACUACAACACUGCUUCAGACAGGCCAGUCUACUCCUACAUCUCAGGCUCAGUCCUCUGGUGCAUCAACAUUGUAUCAAGGAAUUAGGAGGAAUGUGACUUCUCUGGGUCAUGGCUUUCCAUACUCAACCCAGUCUGUGGUGACUGCAAACCAGACAUCUGGAUCCCAGACCCAGUCAUCAUACCAGCCUGGCACCACAACACUGCUUCAGACAGGCCAGUCUGCUUCUACAUCUCAGGCUCUUGGCAGCCAUGGAGCUGCACCUUCAGGACAUGCUAAAUGGUACACCAUUGUACAAGGUCAGACAAUUCCAUCUUCUCAAGCGUCUGGAUCCCAGACCCAGUCAUCAUACCAGCCUAGCACUACAACACUGCUUCAGACAGGCCAGCCUGUUCUUCCUCAGAGUCAGCCUGCGGGAGCUUCUGCUCCAUAUCCAAGUCAAACCUCUGGCGUGUACAAUAUUGCACAGCGUCCAUUGACUGUAACCCUUUCCGAAAUACCUGGGUUCCACAUCCAGUCAUCAUACCAGCCUGGCACCACAACACAGGUUCAGACAGGCCAGUCUGCGUCUACAUCUCAGGCUCAGUCCUCUGGUGCGUCAACGUUGUAUCAAGGGAUUAGCUCUGGCAGGUAUCUGACUUCACUGGGUCAUAUAAUUCCAUCCUCCUCCCAGUCUGUGGUCACUACAAACCAGACAUCUGGAUCCCAGACCCAGUCAUCAUACCAGCCUGGCACCACAACACUGCUUCAGACAGGCCAGUCUGCUUCUACAUCUCAGGCUCUUGGCAGCCAUGGAGCUGCACCUUCAGGACAUGCUAAAUGGUACACCAUUGUACAAGGACAGACAAUUCCAUCUUCUCAAGCCUCUGGAUCCCAGACCCAGUCAUCAUACCAGCCUGGCACCACAACACAGGUUCAGACAGGCCAGUCUGCUUCUACAUCUCAGGCUCAGUCCUCUGGUGCAUCAACAUUGUAUCCAGGGAUUAGGAGGAAUGUGACUUCUCUGGGUCAUGGCUUUCCAUACUCAACCCAGUCUGUGGUGACCGCAAACCAGACAUCUGGAUCCCAGACCCAGUCAUCAUACCAGCCUAGCACUACAACACUCCUUCAGACAGGCAGGCCUGUUCUUCCUCAGAGUCAGCCUUCGGGAGCUUCUGCUUCAUAUCCAAGUCAAACCUCUGGCGUGUACAAUAUUGCACAGCGUCCAUUGACUGCAACCCUUUCCGAAAUACCUGGGUUCCACAUCCAGUCAUCAUACCAGCCUGGCACCACAACACAGGUUCAGACAGGCCAGUCUGCGUCUACAUCUCAGGCUCAGUCCUCUGGUGCGUCAACGUUGUAUCAAGGGAUUAGCUCUGGCAGGUAUCUGACUUCACUGGGUCAUAUAAUUCCAUCCUCCUCCCAGUCUGUGGUCACUACAAACCAGACAUCUGGAUCCCAGACCCAGUCAUCAUACCAGCCUGGCACCACAACACUGCUUCAGACAGGCCAGUCUGCUCCUACAUCUCAGGCUCAGUCCUCUGGUGCAUCAACAUUGUAUCAAGGAAUUAGGAGGAAUGUGACUUCUCUGGGUCAUGGCUUUCCAUACUCAACCCAGUCUGUGGUGACCGCAAACCAGACAUCUGGAUCCCAGACCCAGUCAUCAUACCAGCCUAGCACUACAACACUCCUUCAGACAGGCAGGCCUGUUCUUCCUCAGAGUCAGCCUUCGGGAGCUUCUGCUUCAUAUCCAAGUCAAACCUCUGGCGUGUACAAUAUUGCACAGCGUCCAUUGACAGCAACCCUUUCCGAAAUACCUGGGUUCCACAUCCAGUCAUCAUACCAGCCGGGCACUACAACACUGCUUCAGACAGGCCAGUCUGCGUCUACAUCUCAGGCUCAGUCCUCUGGUGCAUCAACAUUGUAUCAAGGAAUUAGGAGGAAUGUGACUUCUCUGGGUCAUGGCUUUCCAUACUCAACCCAGUCUGUGGUGACUGCAAACCAGACAUCUGGAUCCCAGACCCAGUCAUCAUACCAGCCUGGCACCACAACACUGCUUCAGACAGGCCAGUCUGCUUCUACAUCCCAGGCUCUUGGCAGCCAUGGAGCUGCACCUUCAGGACAUGCUAAAUGGUACACCAUUGUACAAGGUCAGACAAUUCCAUCUUCUCAAGCGUCUGGAUCCCAGACCCAGUCAUCAUACCAGCCUAGCACUACAACACUGCUUCAGACAGGCCAGCCUGUUCUUCCUCAGAGUCAGCCUUCGGGAGCUUCUGCUCCAUAUCCAAGUCAAACCUCUGGCGUGUACAAUAUUGCACAGCGUCCAUUGACUGCAACCCUUUCCGAAAUACCUGGGUUCCACAUCCAGUCAUCAUACCAGCCUGGCACUACAACACUGCUUCAGACAGGCCAGUCUGCGUCUACAUCUCAGGCUCAGUCCUCUGGUGCAUCAACAUUGUAUCAAGGAAUUAGGAGGAAUGUGACUUCUCUGGGUCAUGGCUUUCCAUACUCAACCCAGUCUGUGGUGACUGCAAACCAGACAUCUGGAUCCCAGACCCAGUCAUCAUACCAGCCUGGCACCACAACACUGCUUCAGACAGGCCAGUCUGCUUCUACAUCUCAGGCUCUUGGCAGCCAUGGAGCUGCACCUUCAGGACAUGCUAAAUGGUACACCAUUGUACAAGGUCAGACAAUUCCAUCUUCUCAAGCGUCUGGAUCCCAGACCCAGUCAUCAUACCAGCCUAGCACUACAACACUGCUUCAGACAGGCCAGCCUGUUCUUCCUCAGAGUCAGCCUUCGGGAGCUUCUGCUCCAUAUCCAAGUCAAACCUCUGGCGUGUACAAUAUUGCACAGCGUCCAUUGACUGCAACCCUUUCCGAAAUACCUGGGUUCCACAUCCAGUCAUCAUACCAGCCUGGCACUACAACACUGCUUCAGACAGGCCAGUCUGCGUCUACAUCUCAGGCUCAGUCCUCUGGCGCAUCAACAUUGUAUCAAGGAAUUAGGAGGAAUGUGACUUCUCUGGGUCAUGGCUUUCCAUACUCAACCCAGUCUGUGGUGACUGCAAACCAGACAUCUGGAUCCCAGACCCAGUCAUCAUACCAGCCUGGCACCACAACACUGCUUCAGACAGGCCUGUCUGCUUCUACAUCUCAGGCUCAGUCCUCUGGUGCCUCAACAUUCUAUCAAGGGAUUAGCUCUGGCAGGUAUCUGACUUCACUGGGUCAGAGCAUUCCAUCCUCCUCCCACUCUGUGGUCACUACAAACAAAAUCUCUGGAUUGCAGGACCAGUCAUUUCAGCCUGACACCACAACAAAUGCUUUGGUGGGUCAGUCUGCUUCUACAUCUUUGGCUCACGGCAACUUUCAGGCUCCAAAUUGGCAUACGAUAACUCCUCCUAGAUUCCAUAAUUUGCUACGGAACGUGUCGGUUUCUCAAUCUCUGAGCUCUGAUCCCCAAACAAGAACAAUCAACAAUAUUUUGCCGUUUCUGAACCAAAGUGCUGGGACUUCUGCCAUGUCUCAGAAUAAUGUACAGACCCCAGCAUUUCACACAUCUACACACUUCUCACCUGUCCCACAAACUGUUGCCACUCCCCCAGUCUCUCUACCCAAGCCUUGCCGACAGACACAAUGCUCAAUGGUGGAGAGUGCAAUUGCCUCUAUAGCAUCCAGCCAAACCUCUCCUCGUGUUGCCACAUCAUCUCAAGGCACAGGCUCUUUUGCUGCUGUACCCAUUCCAGGUACCUCACAGAAUUUUGCAGGCAUUGAUUUCCAGGGUACAUUGCCAGUACAUGACCAGUACAGCUCGGUGUGUAACUUUCCAUUUGGUUUCUGCAAUUCUCCUCAAGGAGCUGCAAACAACAAAUUUGUUCGAAGCCAGAGUGUACAGACACACAACCUGUGAACCAAGAAUUCAUGGGACACUUUCUGGAAUCAGUGCCUCAUCAGCAUUCUGUGUUCCACAAAGCUUUUCCAAUACACCUGAAAUUGUGAGCUCAGCCACUUACAGCUCCCCCCCAUUUCCCAACACCAGGCCCUCCUGACAAUCUCAACUGUAAGAUUAACUACUGAGUGCUUUGAUCGCUGACUGAAUAUGCUCAUUUGUGGUGCUUUUUAUUGUUUGCCUGAAUUUUUGUUGCAAUAAAAGGAGAAUGCACAUUUUGA